ACACCAGGAGCACCAUGGCACCAAAGAAGCCUGAUCCAAAGAAAGAGGAGCCCAAGGCGGCACCCAACCCCCCAGAGGCUGAACCACCAAAGGAACCAGAAUUCGACCCAAAAAGUGUUACAGUAUGGUUCACUGGUGAACAGAGUGAAGAUUUUAAGGAGGCAUUUUCCCUAUUGAACAGAUCUCCCAACUGUGGCAUGAAAAUCACAUAUGCUCAGUGUGGUGAUAUCGUGCGUGCUCUUGGUCAAAACCCAACCAAUGCCGAGGUCCAUAAAGUCCUAGGCAGGCCAAAAGCAAAGGAAAUUAACAUCAAGAUGUUAGAUUUCGAGACCUUCCUUCCCAUGCACCAACACAUCUGCAAGUUGAAGAGCCAAGGAACCUUUGAGGACUUUGUAGAGGGUCUGAGGGUGUUUGACAAGGAAGGAAAUGGAACUGUCAUAAGGGCUAAGCUUCGCCAUGUAUUGGCCACACUGGGAGAGAAAAUGACAGAAAAUGAGGUUGAGCAGCUCAUGGCUGGGCAUGAAGAUGCCAAUGGAUGCAUUAACUAUGACCAAAUCAAGACAUCUGCAGACCUCCUCAUUUGA